CAGCACUCCUUAGAUUUGGUAGACGGGAGAGGGGAAAGCAGCAGGCUUCACUGGGCUAGGGACACUGCAGCUACCGUCCUGAGAGCUGAUCUUAAACCAACACACGGAGGUGGGGAAAUAGCGUUUUAUAUAUAAAACGACAUACAAGAGGAAGCGCCCUCCCUAUGACAAACUCCAUAUCAACACCGGCCCGCCAGAGGCGGUGACAGAGAAUCGAAGGAAAGUCAUGUUUUUAUCAAGGGCCGGGAAUCUUUGUGCCCUGUCUGUCUUCGCAGGCUGGUGAGGUAAAGGAUACAGAGCGAGUUGCCCACUCAGGGAGCCCUGCACCCGUCACUCGAGAGGAACCAGAGAGUCCAGAGAGAGUGGUCCAGAAGGAGAAACUCCAUUCAGAGUUGAAGCAGGUCUUAAAUCUGAAAAAAAGCCUUCGAAAACAAACAUCACCGAGAAGCAUGGACACGCCAGCGGAGAUCAACGUAACACAGCAGAAGGAGGAGGGGAAGCUGUCCGAGCUGGUGGAAGUGGUGGUGGAGACGGAGCCCGAGACGGGAGCCACUGGUUUCAGCGUAUCUGGAGGAGGCAACAAGGGGAUCUUCGUGAAGGACGUGCUCAAAGACUCACCGGCCGCCAAAGCCCUGAGCCUCAGAGAAGGAGAUCAGCUGCUCAGCGCCAGAGUCUACUUCGAGAAUGUGAAGUACGAAGACGCUCUGAAGAUCCUACAGUGUGCUGAAAACUACAAGGUGUCCUACUUACUGAAGCGCACUGUCCCUGGAGCCAACAUCAGCAUGUCCCCAAGCAAAGACAUUAAGGGACCCAAAGCCAAGCUGCCUAAACUGAGUGUUAAGAGCAUCACACCCAUGAAGAAAAAGAAAAAGAAGGGCAAGGCCAAUGUAAAGCUCAGUGGUGACACAUCCCUUUCAGCAGAGACAGAGUUUAAUGUAGAGGGAACACCGGCCAAGCUGGAACUGAGUCCAGUUGACGUUGAGUUUGCUUUUCCUAAAUUCUCCAAGCUCAGAAAGACAGGGAAAGCAGCCACAGGUGGUGACAUGAGCCUGACUGGUUUAGAAGCACAAUCCAGUGCAGCGAUCCCAUGGCGGAAGAAGCGAAGGAUCAAAUUCCCGAGGAUGAGAGUCAAAGAUGCUGCCAUGGCUCAAGUUGACGUGAGCGGGGAGACACCGGAGAGAUCAAAAAGCAAAGUAGAGCUGGGUGUUCCAGAAGCUAAACUCAAGACCAAAGAAAAGUCAUCAAAGUUUGGGAUCUUCUUCCAGAAAACCAAGAAAGCCAAAGCAGACGUGAGCCUGCCGAAAGUUGAUGUCGAUAUAAAAUCCCCAGAGGCCAAGUUUAAACCCCCCAAAGUAGAGUUUGAUAUAGGUAUGCCAAUUGGGAAAGCUGACAUCACAGUACCUAAACCAGAGCUGGAAGGCAAAGAAGAAAUCAAAUUUAAACCACCCAAACUUGAACUUGAUUUUGGGUUGCCAUCAGGGAAAGUAGAAGUUCCAGAAGAAAAUGUCAAAGGGCCGGCCAAAGACGAAAUUAGAUUACCUAAAGUGGGACUAGAUAUCAACUUGCCAACUGGGAAGGCUGACGUCCCAAAGCCAGAACUGAGUGUGAAAGGUCCCAAGGUGGAUAUCAAAGGAGACAUUGAAGCCCCAGAGGGCAAAGUGAAAGGAGAAGGUUUUAAAAUCAAGAUGCCCAAAUUUGGGAUCUCCUCAACAUCUGACCUUGAGGGUCCUGCAGUAGAAGGGGACCUCGAUGUGGACGGUCCAGAAGGCAAGUUAAAGAUGCCUAAAGUGAAACUCCCCAAAAUAGGGAUUUCUCUCCCCUCAGGUGAAUUUGAAAGUGGUGUUUCCGCACCCAGGGGUGAGGUGGACAUAGAGGGUCCAGAGGGGAAACAUAAAGGCGGACCAAAGAUGCCAUCAAUAAACAUUGCAGCCCCCAAAGUAGAUAUAGAUUUCAGUUUGCCAAAGGGGAAAGGUGAGAUGGAAGCAGAAUGGAAGAUGCCAGCAGCUGAGGGAACCGCAGAAGCUGGCAUGAAGGGCCCCGGUGUUGAGAUAAAAAUGCCCAAAGUGUCACUUCCGAAAUUCGGGGGCUCUGGAGUGACGGAUGAUACUGAUGCUAAAGUGUCUGCUCCGAAAACGGAAGUCAAGGUAGGGAAAAUGGAAGUGGAGUCUCCUGAUCUUAAAGUUAAAGGACCCAAGAUGAAGAUGCCGUCAUUUGAAAUUUCUUUACCGAAAAUGAAAGGGGACGGUUCUCUACCUGAAACCGAGAUCCUUGAUGAUAGUGCAGAAGGAAAGAUUAAGCUGCCUAAAAUGCCUUCCAUAGACAUUUCAUUGCCUGUCCCAGAUUUAGACUUAAGCCUUCCAAAGGGUAAAGGAACUGGACCUGGAGCAGAAAUAAAAGGUGAUAUUGAAAUAGAGGGACCCUCAGCUAAGGGGCCAAUGAUAAGCAUGCCUAAAAUUGACCUUUCCCUACCAAAAAUGAAAUCACCAGCGGCUGAAAUGGAUAUCUCUGGAAUGGAAGUAGAAGGCGUCGAUGUUAAGGGAGGAAAAAUAACCGUGCCGAAAAUGGACCUUUCCCUUCCAAAAAUGAAACCCCCCAAAGUAGAAUGGGAUGUCCAUGGAAUUGAAGUUGAAGAUCCCUCAGCUAAAGGGAUGAAGAUAAGUAUGCCUAAAAUUGACCUUUCCCUACCAAAAAUGAAAUCAGCAGAAGCAGAGUUGGAUAUUCACGGAAUGGACAUAGAAGGCUCUGGAUUUAAGGGAGGAAAAAUAACUGUGCCAAAAAUUGACCUUUCCUUACCAAAAAUUAAAUUUCCUGAGGGGGACGUUUCAGUGCCAGAAGGUAAAAUAAAGGUGAAAGGGCCCAAAGUAGAAGGUGAUGAGACAGAUGCAAGACUUAGUAUGCCAUCUGUCAAAAUGCCAGCUAUUGAUAUUGAUAUGCCAAAGAUAGAACUUGAUUUAGGCAUCCCGAAGACUGACGCACAUGUGGAGGGGGGUGGAAAAGUUCCUGAGCAUUCUGGAGCUGGAGGAAGGUUUGAAGGGCCUGACAUCCACCUGAAAAUGCCCCAUAUUUCUCUACCGAAAUUUGGGAUCAAGGACAGUGAAGCCGAUGUUGAUCUUGACUUGAAAGGACAGGUCAAAUCCCCAAAAGCUAAAGCUGAAAUCAAAGCAACAGAUAUUGGAGAUGCCAAAGUGAAAGGGUCUGGAAUAACAAUGCCCUCAUUCGGGGUUACUUUUAGCAAAGGCAAAGAAGCCGAUAUUGAUGUUAAAGCACUCAAAGGGAAGAUAGACCUCAGUAGCCCAGAACCUCCAAAAGCCAAAGCUGAAUUAAAAGGGCCUGACUUUGAAGCUGAAGGUACAGAUGCUAAGCUAAAACUCCCGACUGUCAAGAUGCCAUCAUUUGAUAUUUCUGUCCCAAAACUGUCGGAUGUUCAUUUUGACAUUAAAAUGCCAAAGGGUAAGGCUGAAGCAUCUGUUGAAGGAGACAUCAGCAGUCAGCCACCAAGUGCCAAAGCUCCUGACAUUGAGAUUAAAAUGCCAAAGCUUCCCACGUUCGGGAAAGGAACGGGUGAGGUUGAGAUUGAAGCCCCAGAGAUUGAUGUUGACGGUCCAGAUGGAAAACUAACAGGACCUAAGCUGAAGAUGCCUAAAUUUGGUAUUUCUUUCCCCAAAGGCAAAUCUGGAGAAGAUGGUCUUGAAGGUGAGCUAGAUGUUUCUAGACCAACCUUGAAAGGGGAUGUUAAAGCGCCUGAAGUCAAGGUCAAGACUCCCAAAGGGAAGUUUGAAGUUACAGGACCUGAUGUGGAUAUAGAGACGAAAGGCAGAAAAGUCAAGUUGCCCACUGUGAAACUUCCCUCUGUUGACAUCUCCUCCCCAAAAGUGGACAUCGACUUUGGUUUGCCCAAAACAAAGGGGGAUGACAAGGAGCAGAUUGGACUGCUUAAGGCUGAAGGAGAUAGGCCAUCCUCAGGAACGAGUUUUGAUGUCCCGGAUGUGUCCAUGAAAAUGCCAAAGUUCUCCCUUCCCAAAUUUGGGGGCAAGGUAAAGGCAGGAGCUGUUGAUCUAGAGGGUCCCAAAGCAAAGGUUAAAGUUACCCCUCCAAAAAUAGAGUCCGAUGUUGAUGGGAAGGCAAAAGGGAAAGAAGGGAAGAUGAAGAUGCCAAGAAUGAAAAUGCCUUCUUUUGGCAUGUCCAAGAAAGAAGGUGAAAUUACAGUCAGCGGCCCAGAGAUUGAUACCAAGCUGAAAAAAGGAAAAGUGGAAAUCAAGAGACCUGAAGUCGAGCUGGAAGGUCUAGAGGGUAAAGCAAAAACACCGAAAAUUAAAUUCCCUAAAUUUAAAAUGUCUUCACCGAAAGGCAAAGGGCCAGAAGCUGAAGCCAAAGUAGAUACUGCGAUUAGUGGGAAAGGUGGCUUUGAAGCACCAGAUGUGACACUCAAAAUGCCUAAGAUUUCAAUGCCGAAAUUCGGAACAAAAGAUGCCGAUAUUGAUUUUAGUGCAGCAGGUGCUGACUUGGAAAGCAAAGGAAAGAUCAAAAUGCCAUCCCUUGAAAUUUCCCUGCCAGCUGUAAAGCAACCAGAGGGGGAAGUGUUGUUACCGAAAGCAGAGGUAGAUGUCUCUGAAGCAGACAUCAAAGGAUAUGAAGGUGAUCUGAAGAUCCCCAAAAUGCCAACCAUUAGCAUCUCAGCCCCCAAAAUUGAACUUGAUAUAAGCUUGCCUAAAGCCAAAGCAGAUACAGACAUACAGUCUGAUACAGACAUCAAGGCUAAAAGUGACAGAGGCAUUGAGGGACCUGAUUUCAAGUUGAAAAUGCCUAAGGUAAGCUUGCCCACUUUUGGCAUAUCUGGGUCCAAGGAAACGGACAUUGAACUGGAGACGAGAGGAACCAAACCAGACAUCUCCAAAAGGGCAGAGAUCAAAACACCAGAGCUUCAUAUCUCCAAACCAAAAGUUUCUAUAGAUACACCAGACUAUGACAUUGAGGGUGGAGAGGGCAAGUUGAAGAUGCCCAAAAUCAAAAUGCCAAAAGUGGACAUAUCCUUACCGAAGGGCAAAACAGGAGAAGCAGACAUGUCUCUUACAGAAGGCGAGGAACCUGGGUUUGAUGGAGAAGGCAAAGUUAAAUUGCCAUCAAUAGGACUCCCAAAGUUCUCUAGUCCCACGGUGAAGGCUCCGGAACUUGACCUUGAAUUCAAUUUAGGUAAACCCAAACAUGAGACUGAGAUCGCUGGCCCGCACAUAAAGGGGCCAAAGAUUGAAGGUACAGGUCCCCAUGGUGAUACAGAAGGAGAGUUUAAAAUGAAAUUGUCAAAAAUUAAGAUGCCCAAAGUAGAAAUAUCAGGUCCAGAGCUCAAAGGUGCUCAUGGUGAGAUUGAUGCAGGUCUUCCAAAGACUGAGAAAGAGAAAGUGAAAAUUGAGAUUAAGCCUCCAAAAAUAGAAGGGAGCCUUGAUGUUUCUAGCAAGGAAAUAAAGGGGCCAAAGGUUAAAGGUACAAAGUUUAAAAUCGGGAUGCCGAAAAGAAAAGUGGAAGUAGAUCCUGGAUUAGAAGCCGAUUUGAAAAAGCCUGACAUUGAUGUAAAAGGAGCAGGAGGAAGAUUUAAAAUGAAAAUGCCAAAAUUCAGCCUGACCAAGGGCAAGGUUGAAGUUCCUGAGUUGGAAACCGAUGUUGCCAUUGAAGGAGGGGACAGCAGGUUCAAAAUGCCCCAAAUUGCUUUACCAGAUGUGGGCUUUUCUUCUUCCAAAGGGACAGAUGCUGAUGCAGAGGUAGAUGUAUCUCUUCCCAAGGCAGAAUUAGAUUUGAAAAAAGAUGUCAAAGUUAAGGGUCCCAAAGCAGAAGGGAAAAUGAAAGUUGAUGCUCCAGAAUUAGAAGGCCCAGAAGGUCACCUUAAAAUGCCCAAGUUUAAGAUGCCUUCAAUUGGAAUUUCAGUAUCCAAAGAACGAGGAGAAGGGGAGAGUGAAUUCAUUGCCGAAGGUAAAGACUUAGAAGAUAAAUCAAAGAAGCAUCAUUUUAAAAUGCCUGGUGUGGAAAUCUCAGCCCCCAAAGUCAAAGCAGAUGAACAAGAUAGUGAGCUUGAGCUUGUCCUUCCAGAGGACGAUGAGGGAAUAAAGCUGAAAAUGCCAAAGAUCUCAAUGCCCUCUGUUGGUUUCUCUGACUCUAAGGACAAAGAGGCAUCUGUAGAGCUGAUUACCGCAGAAGGUGAAGGGAAAGGAGACAUUUUUAAAAUCAAGAUGCCCAAGUUUGGGAUCUCUUCAAAAACAUUUGACCUCGAGAGUCCUGCAGUGGAAGGGGACCUCGAUGUGGAUGGGUCAGAAGGCAAGCUGAAGAUGCCUAAAGUGAAACUCCCCAAAAUAGGGAUCUCGCUCUCCUCAGAUGAAUUUGAAGGUGAUGUUUCCACACCCAGAGAUGAGGUGGACAUAGAGGAUCCAGAGGAGAAACAUAAAGGUGGACUAAAGAUGCCAUCAAUAAACAUUGAAGCCCCCAAAGUAGAUAUAGAUUUCAGUUUGCCAAAGGGGAAAGGUGAAGUAGAUUUGAAGAUGCAACCAGCUGAGGGAACCUCAGAAGCUGCCAUGAAGGGCCCCAGUCUUGAGAUAAAAAUGCCCAAAGUAGCACUUCCGAAAUUCGGGGGACAAGGAGCCAUGGGGGAUGCUGAAGAUCUCCCAAAAGGGGUUGGCGUAGGUGGCAAAGUGAAAGUUGAUGGUAAAGACCCAAAAGUUGACAUUAAGGCACCAAAAGUAGAGAUCAAAGCACCAAAAGUCAACAUAAAAGAGGUGGAAGCAGGCAGUCUAGAAUUGGACCCAGAUAAGAAGUCAAAAGUUAAAAUUCCAAAGUUUGGAUUUGAUUUGCCCAAACUCACUGAACCUCAAGCAGAUAUUGAAGUUUCAGCACCAGAUACCAAAAUUAAAGUUAAAAAACCUGAAAUCAAAGGCAAGGGCAGUGAAGUGCCUUCUAAAUCAAAGAAGAUUGAUGGUGAAUAUGAAGGUCCCAAGAUGCCCAAGGUCAAAAAAGCUGUGUUUGUUUUUGUUAAACCUAAAACCAACGGAUCUUCUACCAGUGUUUCGGAAGGUGAGGUGAGUGUGGAUUCUGCUGAGGCUAAAAUCAGAAUGCCCAAGAUUAAAAUGAAGCCAACAUUUGGAAAGUCUCACUCCAAGUUGAAAGGGCUGGAAGUGAAUGGAGAAGCUGACGGGGAUGAGGGAGAAGGAGAGGGGAAAUCAAAAUCAGGCAAAAUCAAGAUGCCCAAGGUAACCUUCUCUCCAGGGAAAACUGGUUCUUUUGACGUCACUCUGAACGGAUCGGGCGGAAAGAAAGGCGAGGGAUCUGGACCUCAUGUCAAUGGGGAGAGUGAUCCCACAUUCCAGAAUGGAUCCCAGGAAGACAAAGCCAAAUUCGGGAAGCUCAAGCUGCCAAAGAUCGAGUUCUCUUCUCCAUAUACCAAAGAGGCCGAGGGGGAUGCUGAAAUGAGCAUGAAACUGGUCAAAACAGAGGAGAUAUCUGGAGCCGAUGGCGAAGGCAAAGGGAUGAAGUUCAAGUCUCCCAAAAUAACCUUUCCCAGCUUUAAAAAGAAGGGAAAAGGUGAAGAGGAGAAGCCUGGCGCUUUGGUUUCUUCCAAUGCCAGGACUGAAAUGGCUUUGCUGGAAUCGGGAGACAAGAAAACCACAGAGUCCUCCUCCAAACUUAAACUCUCUAUAGGCUUUGUCUCAGGCAGAUCCAGGGAGGAGUACGCAGAGGAGAGCAACUCAUCAGCUGCUCGCGGUGAAUCAGACAGAGUGCCCACUCUCAGGGGUGUCCAAGGAGUCGAAGAGGACACCAGCAAGCGAAAAACAGAAGGCAAAGAGAAGUCCCCCAAGUUUAGGCUACCCAAGUUCUCCCUCAGCCCCAAGUCCAAGGGGGUCCUUGAAAUCUCGUCGGAAGGGUCACCACAGGGAAGCAGGGAUUCGUUGCAGCAAACGAGAGAUGUCGCAUCCUCUGGGGGUUUCAAGAUCCAGAUGCCCAGCCUUGGGUUCAAAAUGAGCCAGGAAGUACACACCUCUGAAGAACAGAUCAUGACCGCAGAAGAGGAGGGCGGUGUGGUGGCGGGGUCUAAAAUGCUGAAGCACAGAGCAACAGAAUCAGUGGCUGAGAGAUCCACAACCAUUUAACAACAUCGAACUGUAGACAACAUGAACUCCGUUCAUCCCCUUCGUUAUAAAAGUUAACACCUUAUUAUUCAUCUUUGCUUGCUCAGUUCUGAUUGUUGGUUAUGCUUAAGCAGUCAACCAACUCUGAAGAAAUCUACUACCAGGACUUGUAGGACGUUUGUUACAGAGUCGUACAGCAAUGGACCUCCAGAACCUGUUGCAUAGACCCAUCAGAUACAGUCAUGUUGAUUCUAAGGUCUUCACGGUGGUCAUGCUUAUGAAUUGUAUCCCACGGUUGAAAACAAGGGACAGGUCUAAUGUAGCACUGACAAGUAUGACAACAGGUUUAAGUGCUUUGCUUGGACAAUCAGUGGAUGCUAGAAGAUGCCAUGAGUACAUUUCUGUCUAGCGAGUUUCACCAAGCCAAUACAAAGAGUUGACUGAAAUGGGCUUGCUUCUUUAGCCUGUGUGGUCCUUGUUGAAUGGGCUUUUAUAAACGCCUGCUAACAUGCAUCUAAUAUCAUUGUCUACUGUUACAUUUGCUGUAUUAAGCUGCAGUGCUAUAUACUAGAAUGCCUUAUAAUGUGACUCUGCCUUGGGACGACACUAAAAUAUAUUUGGAUUCAAA